AUGUCCUUUCGCCUCUCUGGGGGGUCCAGGCAGGUCUGCCCUCGAGCUGGCUGCGGUUGGUGGUCAGGUGGCGGAGCAGGCCCCGGGGCUGGGAGUGGGUGCGGCGGGUCGGUGGCCGGAGGCAGCUUCUCCUGUACUCUCGGGAGCGCUUGCUCUGGAGGAGGUUUCUAUGGCGGUGGUGGAGGGUUGGGAAGUGGGAUCUGUGCUGGUUUUCUUGCAGAUGAGCAUGGCCUCCUCUGUGGGAACGGAAAGGUGACCAUGCAGAACCUCAAUGACCGCCUGGCCUCCUACCUGGACCAUGUGCGAGCUCUGGAGGAAGCAAACACAGACCUCGAGCAGAAAAUCAGGGACUGGUGUGAGAGAUACGGGCCUGGUUCUUUCCCGGGCCUGGAUUGUGACUACAGUAGAUACUCCUCAGUCAUUGAAGAGCUUAAGAGGCAGAUUAUUUCUGUGAUCACCUAUAACGCCAGCAUUGUUCUACAAAAUGAAAAUGCCAGACUGACCACUGAUGACUUCAGGCUGAAGUAUGAAAACGAGCUUGCCCUGCACCAGAGCAUUGAGACGGACAUCAGUGGGCUGCACAGAGUGAUGCAUGAGCUGACGCUUUGUACCACCAACCUGGAGAUUCAGUGUGAGACACUCAGCGAGGAGUUGACAUACCUGAAAAAAAGUCACGAGGAGGAAAUGGAAGUCCUGCAGUGUUCGCCAGGGGGGAACGUGCAUGUGGAAAUGAACGCGGCCCCUGGAGUGGACCUAACAGUUCUGUUGAACAACAUGAGGGCCGAGUAUGAGGACUUGGCCGAGCAGAACCACCAAGAGGCCGAGGCCUGGUUUAACGAGAAGAGCGCUUCGCUGCAACAGCAAAUUUCUGAUGAUGCGGGAGCAGCCACAGUGGCCAGAAAUGAGCUGACGGAACUGAAACGCGACCUGCAGACCUUGGAAAUAGAACUUCAGUCCCUCAGGGCCACGAAACAUUCCUACGAAUGCUCCUGGGCAGAGACCGAAGGUUCUUACUGCCUUCAGCUCCAGCAAAUCCAGGAUCAAAUCGGGGCGAUGGAGAAGCAGCUCCAACAGCUCCGAAUGGAAACAGCAGGCCAAAAGCUGGAGUAUGAACAGCUUCUAGAUGUCAAAAUAAUUUUAGAGAAAGAAAUCGAAACUUACUGCACAUUAAUAGAUGGAGAAGGAAGAAAAAACAAGUCUACAUGUGGCAAAUCAAAAGGGUGCGAGCCCAUAAAUUCCGAAAAUCAAGUCAAAGUCUCAUUUGUUUUAUUUUAGACUCAAAAGGAGAAACUUAUUAAAACAGUGGUCGAGGAACUAAAUCAACUCAGCAAUGUCCUUGCACGGAGGGUCCACUCGUUUGAAGACAAGCCCUCCAAAAUAAGCACUAUUACAAUGCAGCAACGGGUACCUUCUAAAGCACCGUAAUGGGGGAAGAGGGGUUGUUAUCUUUAAAGACCUGCCUUUGCCAAAUCCCACGGGCUAAA